AUGUCAUUCAACUUCUCCAACUUCACCAAGGACUUGAAGUCACUUGGAGACAAAAUUUCUACUGAAUUCAACAAGGAAGUUGUCCCCUUGGCCCAAAGAACCACACGUAUGGUUCAAGAAAAGAUUGGGAAUGUCAAUGCUGAUGAAAUCAGUCAAUUGCCAAGUGAAUAUAUUGAAAUCGCCAGGAAAUGUAACCUGAUUGAACAGCUCUACAAGAAUGUUCUUAAGGUUACCUCCACCUAUGACAAUGAACCUUAUGACUAUCCUUCCAACUUACAAGAACUGUUUACCGAAUUUGGUAAAGACAUAACCAGCCGAGUCUCAUCUUUGUCCAAGGCCACUUCCCCUGCUGAAGCACAAGCUGCGUUGAUUCAUCCUAAACAAGAUCUUACCAGACCUCCAAAGACCUUGUACCAUGCUAUAAGUAGAGCCACUGACCCUGCAGUUUUGAGUGGUGCAGAUAACCAACAUCAAGAUAUCAAUGACCCACUAGUUAAAGGAUUAACUUUAUACUCGACUAAUUUGAACAAGAUUGCCAACGCAAGAUUAGGCCAAGAUCAGUUGAUCAGAACCAAGUUUAAUAAACCAUUGACUACUACUUUAAGAUCAUUGAUUGGUCAAUCCAACCAAAUUCAAAAGAAGGUUGAACAAAAGAGAAUUGACUAUGAUUUGGCCAGAAAGGCUUUGACUAACUGUACUAAUCCAAACAAGGAAUCUCAAUUACGUGUCGAUAUGGAAAAUGCUGAAGAUGAAUUCGCCAAUACCGUAGAAGAUGCCAUUAAUAUCAUGCAAAAUGUAUUGGAAAAUGCUAAACCUUUGCAUGAAUUCUUGGAGUUGAUCAAGGCUCAAUUAGCUUAUCAUAAAUUGGCCAAUGAAUUACUUGGUCUGAUGGUGGAAGAUUUCGAACAGAUUAUUGAAGAUAGCUCUAAACAAACUGGUACGGAAUCUAGAGAAUCGGGAGACUUUGAUAUUUAA